AAUAAAUCGGAUAAUAUUUCGCUAUUUGUUAAAUAUUAUUACAGGCUUUUCAAAGUUAGUUGAUUACAGAUUUAUUUUAAUGGCUACAACGCUACUAAGUACAUGUAAAUCCUUUUCUAAACUUGGCACCUACGUUCCUCAUACAAUACGAAACUUGUCGACCACUAGACUUCUUAAAAGUGAACUUGUGGUUCAUCGUGAUAGUCCGGAUAAUAAUGCCAGCACGCCUUUUGAAUUCACCGAAGCUAACAUGUCGAGGAUAUGUGCGUUGAUUAAAAACUAUCCUGAGGGUUGCCAGCGAUCAGCCUUAUUUGGAGCAUUGGACAUUGUUCAAAGACAAAUCGGCUGGGUUCCUAUAUCAGCUAUGCACAAGGUCGCCGAGGUGCUUCGUAUACCACGAAUGAGAGUAUACGAGUGGGCAACGUUUUAUACGAUGUAUAAAAGGCGAUACAGAGGCAAGUAUAACAUUAAGGUUUGUGUAACGACACCAUGUAUGCUUCUCGGCUCUGACGUCAUUCUCCGUGCGGUAGAACAGGCCACAUGCUGCUACACUGGGAAACUGUCUCCAGAUGGAAUGUUCGGAGUGGACACGGUGCAGUGCCAGGGCGCAUGCGCGAACGCUCCUUUGAUGGUUGUCGACGAUGAUUACUACGAGGAUGUCACAGUGUGCGACGUAUACAGAAUAAUUGAAACACUAAAGUGUGGAGGUAUUCCUCCAGCCGGACCACAAAGUGGGAGAUGUGCCGCGGAACCAAUAUCAGGACAAACGACAUUGCUAGAAUGUCCUCCGCCACCGGGAUUUGGCAUUCAGGCAUCGCUAUGUAUGGGAUAACCGCCUGCCACUUGCUGAGAUUAAAUAUUUUGGUACACCAUAAAAUGGUCUAAGUGCAGUAAUAAAAGUAAAUAUUGUAUCACA